ACAGCAGUGUGAGGGAGGAGACAGGAGAGGCAGGCAGGACUAUAAAGAGUCUCUGCUUCACAGUUCACACAUCACACCUCGACCGAAGAGCUCUAUUACACUCUGAAACCAGGCUGUCUACAACAAAACCUGCUCAAGCAAUCAUGGUGAAGCGUGUUGCAGUUAUUCUCUCAGGCUGUGGAGUCUAUGACGGCACAGAGAUCCAUGAGGCCUCCGCUGUCCUCGUCCAUCUGAGUCGUGCUGGAGCAAAAGUGCAGAUGUUUGCUCCAAAUGCAGAUCAGAUGCAUGUUGUGAAUCACUGUGAGGGGAAACCUACAGAGGAGAAGAGAAACGUCCUGCAGGAAAGUGCUCGAAUCGCCAGAGGUGACGUCACUGAUCUGGCCAAGCUGGAUGUGUCAGCGUUUGACGCUGCCAUCAUCCCAGGGGGCUUCGGUGUGGCUAAGAACCUGAGUGACUGGGCAGUGAAGAACAAGGACUGCACCAUCCAGCCACAUGUGGAGAAGCUCAUCAAGGAUUUCCACAAAGCUGGGAAGCCGCUGGGCAUGUGCUGCAUCUCCCCCAUCCUGGCUGCUAAAAUCCUGCCCGGCUGUGAGCUCACCGUGGGGCAGGACAAAGAGUGUGAAAAGUGGCCGUAUGCUCAGACAGCAGGUGUUAUGAAGGAGAUGGGCUGCAAAUACAUGAACAAAGAUGUGGAGGAAGCUCACGUCGACGUCAAGAACAAGCUGGUCACCACCUGUGCCUUCAUGUGCAAUGCCCCCAUUCAUAAAGUCUUUGAUGGAGUUGGUGUCAUGGUUAAGGAAACUCUGAAACUGGCUUAACAAGAGCUUUUUGAUAUAAUAGAUGUUUGUAUUUGUAUACUCUAAAUUUAAAAAGUAUGGUCUUCUCAUCAAACGCUGUUUUUAUACAAUCUGUGUUUGUACACAGACAUUUAUAUUUUUCUUUUCUCUGAGCAUCAAUCUACUGACAUAUUGUCACCAUUUCUGGAUUUUUAAUAAAGCCACUCUACAUACUACAA